AUGGCUCUACUACCCCAUCAAAACAUGUGGUACUCAUUACCUCAGCUUCCUGACAAGUUUCCUGAUAAUGUCCCGGGAACGGACCCAAAUGCAGGGGCCUAUGUGUUCAGUGACAUUUCCGCAUGGACCAGUGGCUUCUUCCCGGGCUCUCUGUAUGCACUGUUGGAAAGAAGCGUUCGGUUCCCACACCAGUUUCAGGCCGGCGGAAUAAGCCCUGUCAAUGUACAUGAGCGCCUUCUCCAUAUGUCACGUCAAUGGUCAGAUCCAUUAUACCAGCAGGCCCACCGAACAAACACCCAUGACAUGGGGUUUCUGAUGCUUCCUGCGCUGCGCAAAGACUGGGAAUUAACAGGGAAUAGCAAAAGCCUCCAUGCAAUUGUUACAGCGGCGCAUAGCUUAUCAGCCCGAUACAACUCCCGAGUGCGUGCUCUGCGCAGUUGGAAUAGCCUAGUUAACAAGCGGCAUAAUAUCACAGAUCAAGAGUCCAACUUCUUGGUUAUUGUCGACAGCAUGUGCAACCUAGAUUUACUUUUCUAUGCCGGCUACCAUACACGGAACCAAACACUGGUCAAUAUUGCAACGACUCAUGCACACACCGUGCUGCACAACAUCGUGCGAGAUGAUUUUUCGACCUUCCACUGCUGUAACAUUAACCCAGAAAACGGCGAUAUUAAAUUCCAAGAGACUGUCCAGGGUUACAAGGACUGGUCCACUUGGAGCAGAGGCCAAGCCUGGGCCAUCCUAGGGUACGCUCAAACAUACCAGUGGACCAGAGACCCUAUAUUUCUGCAGACAGCAAAAGGCCUAGCCGACUACUUUAUCCUGCGUCUUAAGGAGUCUUUACAACCUUGUCCCUUCGUCCCUCCAUGGGACUUUGAUGCUCCUACCGUUGGCGAUAGUCUUCCUCCACGUGACACUUCAGCCGGUCUUGUCGCUGCCAACGGCCUUCUCUUGCUUCAUCAGAUCCUCCGCGAGGACUCCCCAUAUCUGGAACAUGCUCUGCAAAUCGUGACUGAGACAGUAGAUUUGUCCAUGGCGCCAGACAGUUGGGAGACUAUUCUUAUGAACGCAACGAUUAAUAAUAAUGAGUACGCCAGUACUCGCUCCAGUAAUACUGGUUUGGUGUAUGCAGACUACUACUUUCUGGAAUUUGGCAACCAAUUUCUCCGAUUGGGGCUACUGUAG